GUCAAGUUGCUCGUAACAGCCCUUUACUCCUCCAACAGUCUCAUUCCCGCUAUCUGUUCAACUCAACAUUAUUUAUGCCAAAGACUGUGACAGGGGCUGGAUAUACAAAGACCAAGAAACAGUCCCCAGCCUCAAGGAGUUCAUAGUCUAAAGAGGGAGGACAACUUAGAAGCAGAUCAUUUUCAACAGAACAAUCACAUCCUAGUUAAUAUUGCCCAGAAAUUCAAAUAUCGAUACUUUCCAUAAACAUUACUCAAAGGACAAGAAUGUUCUUGGAUGGACUGACAGUUACAUUUUCUAAACAAGACCUUGUAGACACAUCUAAUAUGAGCAUUGCUUCACUUAACACAUUUCAUCAUAUCCUCAAUGGCAAAACAUGUUGAGGUGGCAUGUUGGGCUGGCAAUGAACAGGUACUUGUUGUAUAAAAUUGGAUUUUUGAUGUCAAGAGUUUAAAAUCUUCUGCAGCAUCUCUAUUCUCAAGUAAGUGUGACAUUUUGGAUUCAGACUGAAUGCAUGGUGAUGGACAGAUCUGAUGGGCUGUGGUCCAAUUUCAGGGUGAGAAAUAUGCUGUUUAAAAAACUGUAUUUAAACUUUAUCGCUCUGAAGUUUGGUUUAAAUAAACUGACUGUGUGUUGCACUAUUUUAUUUUUAUCAUACAUGAGGUCACAUAAUAUAGUGGGGAGGGAGGCCUGGAUUCUAGUACAGACUCUGUAACUCAAUAUCCAAGUCACCCAGACAAACUGUACUCUCUCUGGGGCUCAUUUGCCACAUUUUUAAAAAGAAAAACAAGAAAUUGGGGAGGAAAGGAGAGGGUUUGGCUAAAUGAUCUCAAAUAUCCCUUCUAGCAAAAUUCUAUCAGGUUGAGUAAAGGCCAUUUAAUUUCACCAUACAGAUCUGUGCACAGCAAACCAAACUGGUAUUUUAUUUUUGAACUAAGAAUUUUAGUGCUUUAAAAAAAAAAAGAAAGAAAAACCCAAACCAACUAGCACUGCCCCCCCACCCCCAUCUGUAGCUCUAACAUUAGGAAUUCAAAUUGCAGUAUUUUUAGUCUCUGGAGUUUAAGUAAGCCCUUAACCCGAGCCCCUGCCUGCAUUUUAUAAUUUGACUAAUUUAAGUCAUAAAUCAGUUUCAUCUUUGACAACAAAGCAAAAUCAUUUUACUAUUAUUUUUACGCACUUCAAAAAUUGCUUCUAACUGGAGACCCUGUAAGUACCGAUGGCAUACCAGGCAGAAAAUGAUGAAUUUUAUCCUUCCUUGGAUUUUUUUAAAAAAAUGAAAUACAACCCUAACUCUCAGAAAUGCAAGUUAUUUCAGAUGCCUUCAAAAGGUGCACUUAAAACAGAUUACCAGAAGGGUUGCAUUAGAAAAUAGAAAAAUCAAUUCUAGAUGAAAGCAAAACACACAGAACCCUCCAAACUGGCAAGAAAGCACAGCUAUAUUAAUCAUUUAAUUAUUUAAGAACAGGGUGUCAGAGAUGAGAAAUGCUUUCCUGAUGUCUCAAGAUUGGGGUGGUUUUAGUCAUCAUUUCCGUGCUGGGUGCAUCUUAUAAAAAUAACUUCAUGAGGAUGGGCCCUUCAAAACUCCAGUCUCUACCGAGCUUUGCAACCUUACUGCCCAUUAUCACGUCACGGCAUUGAGAAUGGAGCCCUCAGUAAUUACAUCAGAGCCUGUAAAGUCAGGGAGACAAACUGGAAAGAAUUAUUUUCUUAAAUGAAGUGGUCAUUCAAAGGCAGAAAACGCAAGUCACCUACAAUCUCCUUGUCCACUUUGUCAAGGGAUGGGCCAGGUGGGGUCUAAGAACAGGAAGGGGGGACUCAGCCGGGGUCGGGGAGCUGGGUGGGAGCAAAUUCCUAAAACCGGAAUGUGAGACAAGCCAGGGAGACCUCGGGAAGGGCGCAGAGUAGGCCCAGCAUCUCGCAAGGGUGAGUCCAGGUGAGGGGCGUGCUUCGGAGCGCCGCUGGCGAGGAGCGUCGGUUCGCCCCGGCGUGAUUCCCGCCAGUGGCUCCUCUGAGCGCAGUGGCCUCCUGGCUGUCAGGGCGCAAAAUCGCCGCUUAAUCCCCGCUCUCGCUGGAUUAAUUCGGGCCUCCUCAAAGCAGAAAGUUGCGAGCCAGGGGCUUCUUUCCCAGGCGCAGAGACACCGGGCGCGGGGGGCGACACUCCUCCGGACCAGUCGGGCGCCCCUCCCCAGAAACCAACAGGCACAGGGUCCCCGCGACUCGCGCCUCUCCAGUGAGCGCCUCCCGCAACCCAGCCGGGUUCCCGGGAUCCCCUCGUGACCGGCGGCUUGUGGGGUCGCCGGAGUCAUGUCCCACGCCCGGGCCGCUUACUCCCGCGUCCCGGUCCUCCGUUCUCAGCCAGCAGCCGGGGCGCGGGGCGGGGCGCGCCGGGAAGGCCGAGGACGCGCGCUAUUCCUGUCGCUGUGAGCUACCGGCAUGUUAUGUGCGGCGCCCAAUCACGCCUCCGACCCUCCGCGCUGACCCGAGCCCCCCCUCCCUAAUCCCCUAGGCUUUGAUUUGAUCCUCCGCGCGGAACAAGCUCACCUCCCUUGCCCCGUAGCUAGUUAUCCCUGACCCUCGCGGGUGCCCGCAGAACCCUCCUUGUCCACCCCCGGGAGGUCAGAGCUCUCGCCCCGCGCUCCUCGGACGGCCCGAGUCGGGCUACAUCUGCGCAUCUGGGCCGUCGGAGAUCCAGCACCCCCCUGGAGUCAGUCUACCUGCAGCUCCGCCCUUCCAGGUGAUGGUGCGCGGCCACUGCGGCCCCUGGCGCGCAGGUGUGGGCUCCCCAAACUGGGCCGGGGAAGGGGCGUUGGGCAACGCUCUGGCAGCCUCGGCAGCCACCGAAACCGAGCCCUGCACCUCCCGGAAAACUCCAAACUCCGUGUCCUUCGCUACUAGGGGCUUCUGGAAACCGUUUCCCGACCGGAUUUGCUCUGAGAGGGGGACGGGGAGAUCUGCGGACCUGGUUGAAGGAGGCCUGGAAUUUAAGCUGAGCAGGCAAAAAUGGGCCCCUGCUAGGGGCUCUUCGGCUCGCACGGGGGACCCGGCGGCGCCGUGUCCCGGAAUGUCUCCGGCCGCGCCCGGCUGGCCCCAGCCCCAGCCCGGCCACUUCCCGCCCUGGGCAUCAUGAGUUACUUCCUGUCUUACUGCAAAGCUCAUGGCGGCGCGCUGCUUACCGGCUACCAGGCCCUGCGCGCUGAGGGCUUCCUGUGCGACGUGACUCUGGAGGCCGAGGGCAGCGAGUUCCCCGCGCACAGGUCGCUCCUCGCGUGUUCCAGCGACUACUUCAGGGCCCUGUUCAAGAGCCACACCCGGGAAUCCCGGGCGCCCGUGAUCCACCUGCAUGUGCCGUCGGCGGCCGGCCUGCAGCGCCUGCUGGACUUCAUCUACACUGCCUGGCUGCCGCUCUCUAUGGACACCGUGGAGGACACGCUGGAGGCCGCCAGCUACCUGCAGGUCACCGAGGCCCUGGGGCUGUGCGGCCGCUACCUGGAGCGCCAGCUAGCCCCUGAGAACUGCUGCUUCGCCGCCAACGUGGCGGCGCGCUUCGGCCUGGUGCACACGCUGGGCGCGGCCGAGCGCUGCAUUGUGAGCCACCUGCGGGAGCUGCUGGUGCGGGGGGCGGGCCCCGCCGGGCUGCUGGAGCUCAACCCCGCGUCGCUGAGGGCCGUGCUGGGUGCCCCUGACGUGGCGCGCGUGCCCGAGGCCCAGCUGCUGGGCCUGGCCCUGGCCUGGCUGCGGCAGGAGCCCGAGGCCGAACGGCUGGCCCACUGCGCCGCGCUGCUCGAGCGCGUUCGCUUCGGCCUGGUGCCCACCGACGUGCUGCGGCGCGUGUACUCGGGCUCCGGCCUCACCCUGCCCUCCCGGGUCAAGGGCCUCAUCAUCCAGGCCCUCAACUACCACAUGUCGCCCUCCCGCCAGCCGCUCAUGCAGGGCGAGCAGACCAGCGUCCGGAGCCCCCAAACCCGCAUCUUGUUGGUCGGGGGGUGCAGGGGGCGGGAGGUGGUGACAGAGGAGGUCGUGGCCCCCCGGCGGGCGGCCAUGGGGAGGGGCGCCGCGGCGGAGCCCGAGGAGGAGGAGGAGGAGGAAGAGGAGCAGGUGGAGGAGGAGGAGGAGUGGGAGCUUACCCAGGACGUGGUGGCCUUUGACGUGUACAACCACCGCUGGCGCAGACUCACGCGGCUGCCCGCUCCGCUACUGGGGCACAGCGUGUGCGCCGCGGGCAACUUCCUGUUCGUCCUCGGCGGGGAGAGCCCGUCGGGCGGCGGCUCCUCCCCCACAGAAAAUGGCCUGCGGGCGGUCACGGCCCAAGUGCACCGUUAUGACCCGCGCUUCCACGCUUGGACGACUGUGCCCGCUAUGCGGGAAGCGCGGGCCUAUUUCUGGUGCGGCGCCGUGGGCGAGGGGCUCCUGGCCGUCGGGGGCCUGGGCGCGGGCGGCGAAGCGCUGGCUUCAGUGGAGAUGUACGACCUGCGCCGGGACCGCUGGACGGCGGCCGGGACGCUGCCGCGGGCCCUGCACGGCCACGCGGGGGCCGUCGGGAACGGCGGCGUCGCGUACAUCUCCGGGGGCAAGGCGGGGAGAGGCGAGGGCGGCGCGAGCAGCCUCCGGGACGUGUUCUCCCUGGGCCCCGGGGAGCAGGCGUGGAGCAAGAGGGCGCCCAUGGGCACGGCCCGCUUCGGGCACCACAUGGCCGCACUGCGCGGCGCGCUGUUCGCCUUUCUGGGGCGCUACGAGCCCUUCUCCGAAAUCGAGCGCUACGACCCCGGCACCGACCAGUGGACUCGGCUGCGGCCGCUACCGUACGACCGCUUCUGCUAUGGGCUGGCCGUGGUGGAGGAGACGGUGUUGCUGCUGGGCGGCCUGAAGUGGCGGGACUCACGCCAGGUGCCUACCCGCAACGUGGUGGGUUAUGACCUCGACCUGGACCGCUGGGAGGACACUGGCUGCGCGCUGCCUUGGGCCUGGAGCGGCCUGCAGUGCGCGGUGCUGCAGCUGGCCGAGGGUGGGGACGAGGAGAGGGAGGGAGAGCCCGGUGAGGCGCCAGAUUUAGUGCUGGGCUUAAUGGGUCAGUGAGUAAGUCACACCUGACCAGGCUUACAGAGCAACCCGUGGGCUUUUCCUUAGGCUUGGCCAAAGAGGAACAUUUCCCCUUACUCUGAGAAUGAGAGACAGGACGGGUCAAAUUUAGAAGGCUAUAUGAAUCAUCUUCAGUGAACUGGGGAUUUCUAGAAAUUCUCAUGCUGGGCUAGAGAUGGACUUUGAAAAUAAAACAUGACCCUAUUUUCCCUCUGGUAGUUAGUGUUUCCCAGGCGCUAAACAGUGAUUACUUUUGUGCCAAACAGCCAAAAAACGUACCGUAAGAAGUUAUGUACAAGACCAGAAAACUGUUAGCUAUAAAGACUGUAAUAAAUGGUUCUAGAAGAUGGCAUUAUCUGAAUAAAUAAAUAUUUAUCUGAAUAAAUAGUGAAGGGAAAGUGCCUUGGUUAAACACAUGCAAUCAUUGUAGGGAGAACUAUGAUUUUAUGAUCCAGAAUCAUGGUUAUAGAUCUGCUCUGAUGGUUUAAUAUAGAUUUGGAACUGAGAGGAAAAAAAUCUCUAAGAAAGCACCAUUUUUUUUGGAGAAAAUAAUCUAGGUUAAGUUUUUCUGUACUUCAUCCUUACUUACCCUAGUCUGCUUUUGCCCUGGCUUUUGGCAGCUCAUUGGCUUUAAGUUUUAUUUCUGCAGCCCUUAGCCAUAAUAAUCAGGCUUCUUUGGUUUAGUGGAACACCUAACAAAAACAAAUCAAAACCCUAUUUCGUUCACCCUCUUUAAAUGUUCAUUCUGCAGACAUGCUGUAGGUAAUAUUUAUAAAAAAAAUUUUUAAAGUUUAUUUUUAGUGGUACCCCCCCCACCCUCUGCCCCAACUUCCCAAAAGAAUCACAGAGAAACGAAAGAGGAGUAGGUGAAAUUUUAAAGUUCCUGUCAGGUAAAUGGGAAACCAGCUUGAUUUUGCAGGCUCUCAGAGAAGAUUCUUGUAUACACUGGACAGGUGCUGCUUCUGGCUUGUACCACCAAUGGAGUGACAAAGUUAAAACUUGUAACCGGGGGUGGGGUGGCGGGGUGGUGGCGGCUGUGUGAUUAGGUCACAAAGAAAUGCGAUGAGGACUGCAUGAAUAAAAUAGGUGCUUUAUAAGGA